CGUCACAUUGGCCGGAUUAGUUGAGCAAGCGGACAACCGCAGUGCACGCAGUCCAAAGUUCGGAUUCAGCUCCCGAAUUAAUUCAAGUUCGCCUUCCCAUUCAUCUCUUCAUAGAGUUCAUUUGCAAUCCUUGAUCCGCCAAGUCCUGAAAUCAAGCUUCGGCAAUCGGCUUUAUAUCCAUAGAAGAAAAGCAAAUGGGCAACACGUCCUCCAUGCUCACGCAGUACGACAUAGAAGAGGUCCAAGAACACUGCAGUAACACAUUUUCCCAGCAGGAGAUUGUGUCAUUGUACCAGAGGUUCUGUCAGUUGGAUCGUAAUGGGUGUGGAUUUAUCUCCGCUGAAGAGUUCAUGACUGUACCUGAAUUCGCUGUCAAUCCCCUUUCUCAGAGAUUGUUUAGGAUGCUGGAUGGCCUAAACUUCAAAGAGUUUGUAGCAUUCCUAUCUGCUUUCAGUUCUCGGGCAAGCUUGCAGCAGAAAGUUGAAUUUAUUUUUAAGGUUUAUGACACCGACGGUAAUGGGAAGGUUACUUUCAAUGAAAUGCUGGACAUAUUGCGGGACUUGACGGGUCAAUUUAUAUCUGAACAGCAGAGAGAGAAAGUUCUUUCCCAUGUUCUUGAGGAAGCGGGCUAUACAAAGGACUCUCUGUUAGUUCAAGCUGACUUCGUCAAGAUUCUUGGCAAUGGGUUGAAGAUGGAAGUUGAAGUUCCAGUAGACUAGAGUACACCCCACCGGGAUCAAUCUCCUGUGAUUAUAAUUCUUAACUUAUUACAUCCAUAUCUAUGAUUCCAUGUUUGUACGACUAAUAGUUUGGCUUCACCGGUGAGGUUGACAGAACAAUUGAUUCUUCAACUGCGGAUUUUCCUUGAGAAAUCUAACAGAAAGUAACUGAAAUCAAGUUAGUGCAAACAUUUAUUUAUCAUAGAAAUGCAUUCUGUCUUCUUGAGAUGUGCAGACGUCACUUUGCUUACAUAGACAUUAUACACCAAAAAAGAUGCAAAGGUUGCUUACACCUUCUGCCAUGAUC